AGCUCAUGGAUUACUAUGUAGACUGUACCACACAGAAGACUUGACUGCCUUCUAGCAUGGGGACCCUCUGGCACUUACAAUGCAUUUUAAUUUUAUUCUGUAUUUCAGUGCUGAAUACCACAGGGAUCAAACAAAGACCAACUGGUGGUGUGAGAACAUGGGAUCCUGAAACAGCUUACCUCACUAGAUGUGAUUUUAACAACAACUCGAGACCAUUUUGUGACUGGACCCAACCUUGCACUGUGAACCAGGGAAUGUGGAUACGAACAAAACAUGAGACUCCAACAGAUGGAACAGGUCCUGAUGGAGACUAUCCUGAUGGAAAAGGCUACUUCAUCUACCAAGAAGCAAGUAAUCUGAUCCCAUUCGACACUAACAGGCUUGAGAGCCCAGAUAUUGUGGCUUCUGAAAAAAUAUGCGUAGACUUCUGGUACUAUAUGUAUGGGUCAGAAGACAGAAAUGAACUGAGAGUGCUUAUCCAAGACAGCACGGGGGAGUUUACAGCAUGGAGUCGGAAGGGAAACCAAAGUUCCUCUUGGAUUUAUGGUGCUGUCACACAUACUUUUCCAACACAGAGAAAGAUAAAGGUCAUUUUUGAGGCUGUCCGAGGACUGACAGAAUAUGCAGAUACGGCACUGGACAAUGUGAGAGUAAGAGAUGGACCCUGUGAUGCAGCCAGCACCCCUAUACCACAACCACCUACAACAACAGCACCUAUGCCACCUGCUGUGACAGAAGCAACUUGCACUAUACAUGGAGAUCCUCAUUAUUUAACUUUUGAUAAGCAGCGUCAUGACUUCAUGGGCAACUGCACCUACACGCUCUCCAAGCUGUGUGAGAGCAACAGCACACUGCCCUACUUCAACGUGGAAGCUGCCAAUGAAUACAGGGGAA